GAUGAAAUGAAAUGCAUGAUCAUAGAUGAACAGAAAAUGUCAUUUUCCAUAGAAUAUGAACGUUUGGUGUUCAAUAUUUCUUCAAUGGAUAAACUCUGAUUACGUGGCCAGACCCAAUUGGCUAAUUUCCGCUUACCUCUUCCAUUUAGAUAAUUCCCACAAGCACCAAACCAGAUUAACGGUUCAAACCAAAACCCACCACACAUUACUAUGUUUCACAAACCAAAAGACAUGUUCUCUAGUUGAACAAGAGUGUGUAUGAACUGUGAAAUCUCAACAUGGUUCCCACUCUUUCAUCCAAUUCUUCUCUAUUUCCAACCACACCACAUUUAAAGUUGAAUUUCAGAAACCAAACAAGGUUCAAUGUUUAUGCUAAGAAAUCUGGUGGAGGAUCAUUUCCAUCAUUUGGAUUAGGAAAACCCAAAGAUGAAGAAAAAGAUCAAACAAAUGGUUCAUCAUCAAAUUCUAAUAACCCUUUUGGUUUUGACUUUGGAAAAUUACCUGAUGUCACUUCUUUGAUACCUGUUGGGAGCAAAAACUCUUCUUUGCCAGGUUUGUCAUUUGGAAGUCCUAGGAGGAAGGAUUCUUCGACGGUUUUUGUUGCCGGUGCUACAGGUCAAGCUGGUAUUCGCAUUGCUCAAACUUUGCUUAGGGAAGGGUUUAGUGUUAGAGCUGGUGUUCCUGAACUUGGUUCUGCUCAGGAAUUGGCUCAACUUGCUUCUCAAUAUAAGAUUAUAUCAAAUGAAGAGGCAAAGCGUCUCAAUGCCGUGGAGUCAAGCUUUGUUGAUGCAAAUUCAAUAGCAAAAGCAAUAGGCAAUGCAAGCAAAGUGGUUGUCACCAUUGGUCCCACAGAGAACGGUCCAACGGCUGCGGUUUCCACUUCAGAUGCCUUGCAAGUAAUUCUGGCGGCUCAGCUGGCAGGCGUGGGCCAUGUUGCAGUCAUCUACGACGAUGACAAAAAUGGAGCCGGAACCUCAACCAACAAUGUACUUGAUGGCAUCUCCUCUUUCUUCAACAAUCUCUUCUCUAAGUCUCAACCUUUAACGAUUCAAGAGUUCUUGCAGAAAGUUGUUGAAACAGAUGUCAAAUAUACCUUAAUCAAGACAUCUUUGACGGACGAUUUCUCACCAGAGAGUUCUUAUAAUGUGGUCGUCUUAGCUGAAGGAAGCACCGGUUCAAACGACUAUAAAGUAACUAAGUCCAAGAUAGCAUCGUUGGUCUCUGAUGUCUUCUCCAACACACAGGUUGCAGAAAACAAGGUUGUGCAAGUGUACUCGGACCCGAGUGCUCCCCUAAAGCGUGUAGACGAACUUUUCAGCACUAUUCCAGAAGAUGGCAGAAGGAAAGUCUAUGCUGAAAAUUUGGAGAAAGCCAAAGCAGAGGAAGAGGUAAGAGUGGCAGCAGAAAAUGCACGCGAAGAAGCUGAAACAGCAAAAAAGAACGAAGAAGAGGUAAUAAAGCUUUCAAAGCAAGGAGCGCAGGCUUCUAAUAAAGAAGCUAAAGAGAAAGCAGAAGCAGCUGGACCAUCAGUGGAUGACAUCUUGAACAAGGCAAAAGAUUUUAGUGCAGGGUUUUCAUGGCAAAAGUUCAGCUCACAGGUUGCCACCUCAAUUCAAAAGCCUGAUGAGGAUGAGGAACCGAAGGUGAAAGUGGCCACUGUGAGGGGACAGGCGAAAGCUCGGAGUCUCAUUCCGAACAAAGCAGUGACUAAACAAACAACUCCAAAAAGCAGUGAGAGGAAACCAAAGGAGGAAAAAGUAAAGGUAGCAGAGAAACCAAAAGAGGUUAGGAAGGUAUUUGGUGGUCUGUUUAAGCAAGAGACUAUCUAUGUUGAUGAUGACUAGUGGAAGUGAAAUAUGUCUUUCACAGCUUGAAACUGUGUUGUUUGAGUCUGUGUUAAAGUUGGUAAUUUGGUUGGACUUGUAUGGAUUUGUAAGGAUGUGUUUUGAAGCAAGAUAUUUAUGUAGUUGUACUUGUACUUGUUCAGAACCAUGUAAACAGAAUAACAUGGAGAAAAAAAAAGAUUUUCCCAACCAAAA